ACCUCCGUUCGAGUUUUGACUGAACUGCACGUUAAUUCCAAUACAGUCACCAGCUCUUUCUCUCUCUACAAAUUUUCUCUCUCUUGUGAUCAGAUUCCUCUUCAAUGGCUCAUCCCGUGCCGGUGUUCAAGAAGGUGGGGAGCGAGGGUGGCUCGUCGGAGAGCGGCGGUUCCGAGAACGGUGGUUCCGACAGGUUCUUAGGUGGGGGUGGCUCCUUUGAGUACUCUGGCUGGGUGUAUCAUCUCGGAGUUAAUUCAAUUGGCCAUGAGUAUUGCCAUCUUCGCUACCUCUGCAUCCGCGGCAAGUACGUCGAAAUGUACAAGCGCGACCCUAAUGAUAAUCCCGGCAUAAAACCCUUACGGAGGGGUGUUAUUGGACACACACUUAUGGUGGAGGAUUUAGGCCGUCGAAAAGUUAAUCAUGGGGAUGUUUAUGUUCUGAGAUUUUACAAUCGGCUGGAUGAAACAAAAAAGGGAGAGAUUGCUUGCCCUACAGCUGGAGAGGCCAAAAAAUGGAUGGAGGCCUUUGAUCAUGCUAAACAACAGGCAGAUUAUGAGCUGUCAAGAGGUGCCAGUGCAAGGAAUAAGCUAAACAUGGAGACUGAAAUUAACCUUGAGGGACAUCGACCUAGAGUGCGGCGCUAUGCACAUGGCUUGAAAAGGCUAAUAAAAAUAGGACAAGGUCCAGAGAAACUUUUGCGCCAGUCUUCAAGCUUGGGUGCCAACAGCAGAUCAGAAUUGUACGCAGAUGGAGGGGAUGCAAUAGAAGCACAUGAAUGGAAAUGUGUCCGGACAAUUAAUGGUGUUCGAAUAUUUGAAGAUGUGGCUGAAGCAAAGAGUGCUAAAGGUGUUCUUGUCAAGGCUGUUGGUGUUGUUGAAGCGAGUGCAGACACUGUCUUUGAGGUGGUGUUAAGUCUUGAUCGACGUCAACGAUAUGAGUGGGAUGCAUUGACAGGUGACCUUGAGUUGGUUGAUUCCUUGGAUGGACACUAUGAUGUAGUUUAUGGAGCAUUUGAUCCAAGACACCUCACUUGGUGGCAGUCUAAGAGAGAUUUUGUCUUUUCCCGGCAAUGGUUUCAUGGGCAAGAUGGAACGUAUACAAUCUUGCAGUUCCCUGCUGUUCAUAAAAACAGGCCCCCAAAAAAUGGAUAUCGACGUACAAAAAUUUACCCUUCUACAUGGGAGAUUAGGAACCUACACACCCAAUCAGGCUCUGCCAGAUGUCUUGUGGCACAAACGCUUGAGGUACACUGCAAGAGCUGGUUUAAAUGGAAGAAGAAUAACUUUUUAGAAUUUGAGAAGACCAUUCCUUUUGGAUUGUUGAGUCAAGUGUCAGGUCUAAAGGAAUAUAUAGGAGCAACUCCAGCACUUACAUUUGAAGCAUCCACUGUUAUAGUUCAUUCAAAAACAUCUGAUGUUUCUAUGCCCAAUGGAGAAUGCGAGGGUGAAGAAGGGGCAGAUCAAUUCUAUGAUGCAAUCACUGUUGAGUCAUCAUCAUCAUCAUCAGAAGAUGAAAGUGAUAAUGAAGUAGAACCCAUUAAAAAGGACAAAAAGGUUAAGCUGAAGAAUGUUUCAUGGGCUAUAGCAAGCUUGGCAUUAAGACGGGAUUCAGUACUAGACAUUGGCAAGGAGUUAAAUCCAAAUGUGUCUCCUCUGAUGCUCAAUCCAAGUGAUUUCCAUGGUACCAUGCAGCAAGGGAAAGAUGAGAAGGAUACUAAUUGUUGGACUUCUCCAGGGGGUUCAGGAUUCAUGAUCAGAGGGAAGACUUACUUAAAAGAUAACACUAAGGUCAAGGGAGGAGAUCCCUUGCUAAAGCUCAUUGCAGUUGACUGGUACACACUUGAGAAUAGCAUCACAAAACUUGCUUUGCAUCCCAGGUGUCUUGUUCAGUCUGAAGCUGGAAAAAAACUGCCUUUCAUCCUUGUCAUUAACCUCAUGGUUCCAGCUAAACCAAAUUAUAGCCUGGUUCUUUAUUAUGCUGCGGACCGGCCUGUGAAUAAGGAUUCAUUGUUGGGUAAAUUCAUUGAUGGUACUGACUUGUACCGCGAUUCAAGAUUCAAAUUGAUUCCAAGCAUUAUUGAGGGAUAUUGGAUGGUCAAACGUGCAGUUGGAACUAAAGCUUGUCUUUUGGGGAAAGCAGUAACAUGCAAGUACCUCCGUCAAGACAAUUUUCUGGAGAUUGACGUGGACAUUGGCUCAUCUUCUGUGGCAAGGAGCAUCAUAGGUCUAGUACUUGGAUAUGUAACGAGCCUUGUUGUUGAUCUUGCUAUUCUAAUAGAGGCAAAAGAAGAGGCAGAACUCCCGGAGUACAUUCUUGGAACUGUUAGGUUAAAUCGCGUGAGGCUCGACUCUGCUGUCCCGUUGGAUGUUUGAGGAUUCGAUUCAUUUUGUGGAUAUACAUUCAUCAUUCAUGUGUGUAUUAAAUGGAGUGGAACAUGCAUUCUUCAAACAACAAUGUGUUGUGUAAUAUGACGAGCUUCCGAAAUUAGACAUAUAGAAGUACUUUUGGCUCUUUAAACUUGAGAAUGUGUUGGGGAAAUGUUUCAUUUUUGUAAUUAAUGUACAAUAUUUUCCCCAAUUAAUUUUGACCAUUUGCUUUGCUUAGUAACUGGACGUUAAAUUGUGUCAUCUUUUUCCCAUGUCUAAGUAAUCUAUCGACGGUUAGACAUUAUUAAUAA